UUAUUUUAUCAUGUGCAGGUCCCAGCCUUUGAGACUAAAGAUGGGAAGUGUAUUUAUGAAAGCAAUGCCAUUGCUUAUUAUGUGUCCAGUGAUCAACUACGAGGCAAGACUCCACUAGAGGGAGCACUCAUUCAGCAGUAUGUGAACUUUGCUGACCAAGAACUCUUGCCUGCAAUGGCCACCUGGGUUUUUCCCACUCUAGGUUUGAUGCAGUUUAACAAGCAGGCCACUGAUAAAGCCAUGGAGGACAUAAAGAAAUCCUUGACAGUAUUGAACAAUGCUCUGUUGACAAAGACUUUCCUUGUAGGUGAACGUGUGACACUUGCUGACAUCUCUGUUGCUUGCAAUCUUCUCAUGCUAUACAAACAGGUGAUGGAUCCCAGCUUCAGAGCUCAAUUUGGUAAUGUAAACAGGUGGUUCCUCACCACUGUGAACCAGCCGCAGUUUAAAAAGGUAUUGGGUGAAGUAAAGCUGUGUGAAACCAUGGCCAAAUUUGAUGCAAAGAAAUUUGCUGAAUUGCAUCCAAAGACAGAUGAGAAGAAGGAGAAGAAAGGAAAAGCAGCCAAAGAGGAGAAACCUAAGCAAGAAAAAAAACCAAAACAAGAGAAGAAAGAAAAACCAAAGAAAGAACAGGACGACGAUGAUGAUGAUGAUUUGCCAAAGGAACCAAAGGCUAAAGAUCCCUAUGCUGGUCUUCCAAAGAGCUCAUUUGACAUGGAUGAAUUCAAGCGCACCUACUCAAACAAAGACACGGAGACAGUGGCUAUUCCACACUUCUGGGAACAUUUUAACAAGGAAGACUUUUCUGUGUGGCUGGCUGAGUAUCAGUACAAUGAAGAGCUGAAAAGGGUCUUUAUGGCCUGCAACUUGGUAGGGGGCAUGUUUCAGCGUCUAGAAAAACUGCACAAGACUGCAUUUGCCAGUGUGUGUGUUUUUGGAAAGGAUGGUGAUGUCUCCAUCUCUGGUAUUUGGAUCUGCCGCACACAAGAGCUGGCCUUUAGGCUGAAUGAAGACUGGAACAUUGAUGCGCCUUCGUACAAGUUCACCAAGUUAGACGUGGAUAACCCAGACCAUAAGAAGAUAAUCAAUGAGUACCUGUUAAUGGAAGGAGACUUUGGUGGAAAAACAUUCAACCAAGGAAAAAUCUUUAAAUAGACUCAAAACUGCUGCAAAAUAAACUGCCCCACAGUGGAUUAACUGUG